GCGAGGGAGGGAGGCCCCAGCGAGCCAGAAGCUGGUGUUGUGCGCGAAGGAGGCACAAAAAGAAGCGGGGUUGCUGGAGACGGCGGGCUGAGGCGACGGCUGCAUUUCCCCCACCCCUCCCCUCCGUCUUGAAUGGAAGCCCAGCUUGGCCGAGCAGCCUGGGAUCUCCGCCGCUUGCAAACCCGCGCUCAGUUUUGGCUCCAGGGACUGACACGCUGCUGCGGGUGGCGGCGCUGAAAGGAAGAAGAAGUUGUUGAGCAUCCUUCGCCUCGACUUCGCUGCCGUAGCCCGACGGGAGGCGAUGCUGCAAGCCGCCGCCACCACCUCGAGUGCUGCUCCCUUGCCGGCCGAAGUCUCCCUAGAACCCAAACAGCCUCGCCGCCUGUGAAGAGAAGCCGAGGGGGGGUGGUGGUGGAGGGUGAAUAAAAGGCGUCGGGCGAGCGCGGGCGAUUCUGGAGCUCUCGCCGGGUUUAUCGACGCGCUGCUGCUGCUGUUGUUGCCGCCGCCGCUGCCGCCUGAGGCGGCGGCAACUCGAAUCUGGCGUGGUGGAAAAUCUUUGCGCCCUCCCCGCCUGCCCGCGGCUGGCACCCGUGUAAGCAGCAGCGUUUGCUUGGUGGAUGCGUAUGAAUGAGUUCUGCACCGAAUGGGCGCAAAAAGCGCCCCAGGUCCACCGGCUCGAUCUUCCAAAUCGGCAAAACGUCGCUGCACGGCAGGGACUGCGAAGGCCAAGACAGCGGCAGCACCGAGGGCGACCCUAAGACCCAGAGACUAGCCCUGGAUGACUGCAAGAUGCUUGUCCAGGACUUCAACACCCAGGUGGCUCUGUAUCGGGAAUUGGUCAUUUCCAUUGGGGAUGUCUCAGCCAGUUGCCCAGCGUUACAUGCUGAAAUGCACAGAACACGUACCAAAGGAUGCGAGAUCGCCUAUCAGGCACACCAAAAGCUCUCUGCAAUCUCUGGGCCAGAAGAUGGUGAAAUUCAUCCUGAAAUCUGUAGACUAUAUAUCCAGUUACAGUGUUGCUUAGAAAUGUACACAACAGAGAUGCUGAAAUCCAUAUGCCUUCUUGGAUCGCUUCAACUUCAUCGGAAAGGGAUGGAGACCUGUGCAGCACCCAAGAGCCUUGACAGUAAGUUAGAGGAGAGUUCGGAAGCUCCUAUUUUGGAAGAAACAUCAUCUUCGCCAGUAGAAAUACAACAACAUUUAUGGCAGGUUUCCACAGAUAUUGAAAACACCGAGAGGGAUAUGAGAGAAAUGAAAAACCUUUUAAGUAAACUCAGGGAGACUAUGCCUUUACCAUUGAAAAAUCAAGAUGAUAGCAGCCUGCUAAACUUGACUCCUUAUCCAUUGGUGCGAAGACCGAAGAGAAGAUUCUUUGGAUUGUGCUGUCUUGUCUCCAGCUAAAUGGUCCAUUUCAGAAGAAUAUAGAUUACUGCAGCCAUUACAAAAUGUCCUUUAUUGGGAUCAGUUAAAAUGUUCUAAGUCAGUGUUUCUCAACUGCAGGAAUUUUAAGAUGGGUGUACUUCAACUCUCAGAAUUGGCUGGAAGAAUUCUGGAAAUUGAAAUCCACCCAUUUUAAAUUUCCUGCAAUUGAGAAGCACUGUUCUAAAAUUACCACAUGGGUUUUCUACAUGCCCCUUAUUAUAUUUCUUCCCUCCUUUUCAAAGAGUUUGUUGCUGACAACAACCAAAUUCAGAAACCCAGUUAAACAUUAUCAAUAAUAUUUUUAAACUUUUAAACUUUUUUUUGAUGGCACACAGCAUGUCUACUUUAAAUCAUUUUGUAUUAGAUGCAAAUAUGAUUAUUAACCAACACAUGCAGAUUUUUUUAUUUAGUGUACAAGCCACAACCAAUUAUGUACAGUGCAACAGUAUGACUGUAGCUCUUGCUAGUAUGAUGUUAUGAACAUUUGAACAUAUUCUAUUAAGCAAUUUUAAUCCAUAGAAAACUGUUUAGAAGAGCAAAAUUGUGCUUAAAUUCUAAAAUGCUAAAAUAAACAGAGCCAAUAUUGUACGAGAACAUACACUUGCUUUUUGUGCUCUCAUUCAUAUUUAGUCUUCCACUCUAUAACACAACUUAUAAAAGAUCAUAGUACAAUUUUUUAAUUUCUAAUACAUAAGCAACAUAACAUUGAUAUGUUGUUCCUGUAAAUAUGAGAUAAUAUCUACAUAUUGUAUAAUGCAUAGGAAUAGCUAUUUUACUUUUUUUAAAGAAAAAAACCUGAACAUGUUUAUGUUACAACCUUAAGUAGAAAAUUUAAAAGAUGGUGUGGGAAACAAUAAAAUCCACUGAUGUGAAACAGAUUAUUCCAUUUUGUUUCCUGUAAAGGUUGAAGCAUGGUGUCAGAACAUCAACUUAGUGUUAUUGCUUAUAAGGCAUGC